GCUCUCCCGUACGCUGCUUCAGUUCUGUUCCGGUUCCUGUUCCUCAUUGCCCUGGCAAUGGCUCGAUACGCUUUGACCCUGGCACUGCUCAUCGUGACAGUUUGCUCCCGCUGCGAGCUUUCCCGGAGCAUGGCCCUGCCGGACGAGGAGCGUUACGUGCGCAAGGAGUACAAUCGGGAUCUCAUGGACUGGUUCAACACUGUCGGACAGCUGGCGCCCAACCAGGCUGUCCCUCUCUGCAGAUACCCAUACAUCGUGGACAACUCCCUGUCCAUUCCCACCAGGAAGAGAAACUCGGAGAUCAUCAACUCGCUCCUCAGUCUCCCCAAGAACAUGAACGAAGCGGGAUAGUACGAGUUGCAGUGUGGGCUUGACGCAAUGACUGGAUAAACGGAUACACAAACACACGCUGGCACCCACGGACAACUCUAAUCGAUCUACUUAGUGUGUAAGAUGUUUGAGUAGUUUUGCUGUUUGUGCUUGUAUUUUUAGGGGCAGCGUUUUAAGGACCUUUCAUACAUACUUAUAAGCGAUGUAUAUUUAGAAAUUUGUUGCUUGCUUUGAUCGAUGCGGAACUGAGG